AUGCGCUUCCUCGCAAUCAUCUCCGCGGCAAUGGCCUUUGCAGGCACCGUCAACUCAUUCGAGUACCCCCCAGGAAACCUCGACAUCUCUGGCCUUCCAGAGUGCAUGCAAGACUGCAUGUACAAAUACGAGAGGCACUACAACGUCAGCGCGUCGACAGCCGAGCGGUUCUGCAAGACGGACAAGGCCGAAGUCAGGGCGUUUAAGGACCAGUACCUCUAUCCAUGCUACGAAAGGUUGUGCAGCAGAGCUCCGCUGUUGAUUCGGGAGUGGAAAGCGUGGUUGAGACAUAACUGCGGGUCGCCGUGGGAUGGGUUCCAGAUGCCGGACCAGGCUGCUGCGGCUGCUCAGUGA